UGUUAUUUAUCUAUUAAUAGUGAGGCUGAUAUUUGUGUUGUGGUAAAGGAAGAGGCUUUUCUUGUGGAGUUGUGAGGAAGAGAGUGUGAGAGAUCAGAAGAGAGAGAUGGAGGUUGGAUUCUUGGGUUUGGGUAUAAUGGGCAAGGCCAUGUCAAUCAAUCUUCUACGCCAUGGUUUCAAAGUCACUGUGUGGAACAGAACCCUCUCCAAGUGUAAUGAACUCGUGGAACAUGGUGCUUCAGUUGGAGAAACCCCAGCAGCUGUAGUCAAGAAAUGCAAGUAUACAAUUGCAAUGUUAUCUGAUCCUUCUGCUGCAUUAUCGGUUGUAUUUGAUAAAGAUGGUGUUCUUGAUCAUAUUAAUGGGAAAUGCUAUAUUGACAUGUCCACAGUUGAUGCUGAUACAUCUUCCAAGAUAUCCGAGGCAAUCAAAGCAAAAGGUGGUUAUUUCCUUGAAGCUCCUGUUUCGGGUAGCAAGAAGCCUGCAGAAGAUGGCCAACUAAUAAUACUCGUUGCUGGGGACAAGGCAUUGUAUGAUGAAGUACUCCCAGCAUUUGAUGUACUGGGGAAGAAGUCUUUCUUUCUGGGUGAGGUUGGAAAUGGUGCAAAAAUGAAGCUUGUUGUUAACAUGAUAAUGGGAAGUAUGAUGAAUGCUUUCUCCGAGGGACUCACACUAGCUGAAAGAAGUGGUUUGAGCCCUGGAACUCUUCUUGAUGUGCUGGAUCUCGGUGCCAUGAGUAAUGGCAUGUUUAAAUUGAAAGGACCUACAAUGCUCAAAAACAGUUAUCCCCCAGCUUUUCCACUGAAACACCAGCAGAAGGACAUGAGAUUAGCACUUGCCCUUGGAGAUGAAAAUGCUGUAUCAAUGCCCGUAGCAGCUGCAGCAAACGAGGCUUUCAAGAAAGCCAGAAGCAUGGGGUUGGGAGACCUUGAUUUUUCAGCAGUUCACGAGACUUUGAAAGCUCCUGAUCAUUCAUCUUGACAGGAUAACAUUCCGUAUUGAUUAAAUUACUCUCUGAGCAACAGCAUGAUGUGAACCAUCUAUUUAUGAAGUAGUGUUUUGAGCAUAGGUCAUUUCUGUAGAAUCAUAUUGAAUUGAAUGAACCUUUUAAUUUUUGCCACCUUCAUCCAAAAAUGAAGUUAUUAUGUUAGAACACGGGUUUAGUGACAUUAAUGUUUUAGUUUAUGCGAGUGGUUUGAAUUAGGUUGCAUGUGUAUAUUAUGAAGCUUUUCCUGAUUUUCAUCUUUA